GCGGUGCGCGGGCGGCGCCGUGGCUGGGGGCGUCCUUCGCCCCGGCCUCAAUGCAGGCGCCCGGGCGGCGGGGUGCAGCCGGGGCCCGGACGGGCUCUGUGUGCUCGGGCGGUCCCGGGUGUGUGCCCGGGCCGUCGCCGACCUGGGUUCGCAGCAGCGGGAGCAGGCGGCUUGUUGGUGACCUGCAAGCCUGGAGCACGUCGCUCGACUGGGCUCCUGAAGCCUUCUCCCUGCGAGUGCGGCUGGAGGAGACGGGGGAGAUGUUCCGGGUGACCAACUGCCGUCUGGACAUGACCGUGCGAGAGCUCAAGGAAGAGCUGGACCUCAUGGCCGGCAUCCCCUUUAAUCUGCAGCGGCUGCAGUACCUGGACCAAGGAGUCCUGAUGGAUGGCAGCACACUGAGGUUCCACGACGUCGUCCCCGGCGGGGUGAUCUCACUGUGCGUCUGGCACUAUGACGGAUGGACAGAGCUGGUGCUGGCUGCUGUGGACGGGGACCCCAGUAAGCUCUCCUGUCUAGGGAUCGGCAAACACUCCUUCUACUGCACGCCGUUCUCCCAGCACUUGGAAGGCACCGCGUGGAAGCAGUGGACGGCUCAGAGGGCGUUUGUGGCGCUGUAUGUGACAUCCCACAGGGGUCAUGCUGAGGCUGUCCAGUACCUUCUAGAACACGGUGCCAGCUGCACCGGCAAAACCCCACUGGGCCGGACGCCACUGCAUGCGGCCGCGGCCAUGGGUCGCUUGGAGUGCAUCAACCUGCUGUUCCAGUCGGGGGCCUCCAUCCGGGAGAAGGACGCCAAGGGAGAGACCCCAAUUUCUAUCGCACACCGCCUGAACCGCAAGCAGAGCGCACGCCGCAUGUUCCUCCUCCACUGGAUGGCCAAGACAGCCAUCCUGAACCGCGAGCUGGCCAGGUGGAAGGCCCCGCCGAGUGGCAGGACUGGAAUCCGGCUGGCUGCUUCGCACCACGACAGUCAGGGCUUCCGGCCCAUUGGGCCCCCGAGCGCGCAGCCGGGCAGGAAAACAGGGCAAUUACUGUGA